CAACAGCGCCGCUGGUCCCCAACGCCCACGCCGGGGGAGGAGCCGGCCGGCGCACGACCUUUGACCCGCGUGCGUCUCCGGCGCCGCCGGAAGCGGCGCCGCGCCGGUCGCCCGGAAGCCGCAGUUGCCUUGACGACGGCGGGCGCGGAGGAGCCGCGGAGCAGAGCCGGCGGCAGGGGGCAUGAGGACCUGGUGUCUGUGUCAGAUCUGCACCUGCGGGCGACAUCAUUGUCCACAUGGAACCACAAGGAUUUAUGAAAAUUCUGGCGUGUCUUGCCCCACAACUGAAUAUUUGGAAAAAUAUCCUGUGUAUGGCAAUAUUCUUCCGCCUCAAAGUCUUAAACCCAAGCAAGAAUUUCGAGCAUGCCGUGGUAAAAUGGAAGGAAUAACAACAUUUAAGUCGGAUUAUCGUCCUUAUGAUAUAGCCAAACAGCCUCACCGUGUACCAGAAGAAUGGAAACCAAAACAGGGGGACAUUGAUCUUGGCACUACCUACAAACGUGAUUUUAAUUCUUAUAAAGUGCAGCCUGUGGCAAUAGUCCGGCCUUUGGAGAAACAACAAGUUAAAAAAGGAAAGUUGGACACUGUCCCAACCUAUAAAGAUGAUUAUAGGGCUUGGGACAUUCAGAAAAGUGAACUUCAUAAACCAGAACAAGCUUACUACCCCCCUACUGUGAAAUUUGGAAAUUCAACUAUAUUUCAGGAUGACUACGUUGCGCAGGAGGUAAAGCCUAGGCAAAGCUUUAAACCCAGCCCUGUGGUCCAGCGUCCCACAGACCCUUUUAGUGGUGACACAAGUCAUCGCCUUGAUUAUGUCCCUUAUCAGCUAGAAGUCAAGUCUGCAAGGCCAAAAGAAGUUUACAAACCAACCAACCAACCCUUUGAAGAUCUCACAACUCACCGAUAUGACUUUCAGGGUCUGGUUGGUGAAACUGCAAAAAUCUGCAGACCUGCAUAUACCAGAGUGACCCAAAAAGCUCAAUUUGAAGGAAGCACUGAAUUCCGUGAAAGUUUUCGACCAUGGGAAAUCCCACCACCUGAAGUCAAGAAAGUACAGGAGUAUGUCCCUCCUACAGGUGCCAUGCAGUUAAACAGCACAAGCCAUCUCGACUAUGUUCCAUAUCAGGCCAAACGUAUUCUUCCCAUCAGGCCAGUUUCCCAUAGAAGAAAUAACAAUUAUCCUUUCCAAGGAAAAAGCACCAUGAAGGAAGAUUUUCCAGUGUGGGAAAGUUGUCGUCAGGGUCUUAUUAAGAAGCAGCAGCAGAUUCCUAACCCAUCUGGAAAAUUUGAUGGUUUGAGCACUUUCAGAUCUCACUAUGUGCCUCAUGAAUUGAUUCCAACGGAGAGUUGCAAACCUUUAAAUGUUCCUUUUAAGAGUUCUAUUCCAUUUGAUGACGUAACCGUGUACUCUAUAGAGUAUGCACCAAAGAAACAGGAAAUCUGCCCUGCUAGCUAUCCCUCUCCUCCAGGUUAUAUCUUUGAAAAUACAAAUUCCCGAGGUCACAAAUUUUUCCGCAAGAUCAUUCCCAUAGUGAAGGCCUUCUAAUCAUCAAAUCAUGUUUAAAAGGAAGCUAACAAACAGGGGGUUGGUUUUCCAAGGGCAAAACCAAUUUUUGAUAGUAGAAAAAAAUUAUGAGAGUUAAAAAAAAUCCUUUUUUAAAUUUUUAAACAAAAUUGGCAAAUUUAUUAUAUGAAAUCAGGAUCUUAAAAUCCAUUUUGUAUUGAUAGUUUUACCAAGAUUUUUCUUUAAUAUGCAUUUCUGAAAGUUGAAUAAGGUACAUUCCCAUCUAAAUUAUUUUAAUCCACAACAUACUGUUUGGUAGCUUGUCUCCAAUCUAUUAUCAUUUAUACUUGUGUUUAUAGUUAUGGCAAUUAUAUGGUUAUUCACAUACCAGUUAUCCCUUUUCAAGGCAUUAGGACUAUCUAGCACACCAUUGAAAAUGGUACUUAGAUUCCUCUUCCAAGACAAGAAUAUUCAUUUCCUCAGACUUUAAGGCAUCUGCUUCAUGUACACUGAGUCCUGUUUUGGUGGGUGGUGUUGCACUGCUCCUCACUGUGUUCAAGGUAGUAAGACGAGGAAAGGCUCUGUGGCUGGGAAUCUGAGGACCUGAGUUCAAGUUCUGA